UUAAACGAGGCCGUUACAGACCUAGCCCUAUAUGAUAUUGUUCAUACCCCCGGAGUAGCUAAAGAUUUAAGUCAUAUCAAUACUCCUGCUAAAGUUGCUGGCUACAUGGCUCCAGAUGACCUAAAGCAAGUCUUGACGGGCGCUCAUCUAGUUAUUAUUCCUGCAGGCAUUCCCCGUAAACCCAAUAUGACGAGAGACGACUUGUUUAAGACAAACGCAGGUAUCGUUCGCCAGCUGGCAACUGCCAUUGCCCAAUAUGCUCCUGAUGCUUUCGUUCUUGUUAUUUCAAAUCCUGUAAAUUCUACUGUUCCGAUUGUUGCCGAAACUUUCAAGAAAAUUGGAGUCUUUAAUCCAAAAAGACUUUUUGGCGUAACAACUCUUGACGUUGUUCGGGCAUCCACGUUCGUUAGUGAGACCACCGGUAUUGAUGUUCGCGAAAUUCGGGUUCCAGUUAUUGGUGGACAUAGCGGUAUAACUAUUAUUCCUCUUUUGUCGCAAACUAAGCCACAUCAUAGUUUUACCCAAGAACAGAUUGAAGAACUGACAAAACGAAUUCAAUACGGUGGUGAUGAAGUUGUAAAGGCUAAAGGUCAAGGUUCUGCCACUCUUUCAAUGGCUUAUGCCGGCGCUCGUUUUGCUUCGCAUAUUUUAGACGCCUCUGUCAAAGGAGUUGCUGGAAUUGUUGAGCCUUCUUAUGUUUGCCUUGAUGUCGACACGGAAGGCGCCGUGCAUAUCAAAAAUAAUGUUGACGGCCUAGAGUACUUUUCUUCUAAAGUUGAGUUAGGA